AUGUUGAAAGCUACAAUCCAAUUGGCGACGGCAAAGAACAUGAACAGUUUCUGGCUUAAGUUCAAAAGCAAGAAACGAAAACGGAAAACCUUAAUCCGCCAUGAGAUUUUCCUCUUUUUAGAUCCUUCAAUGGAGCCGACAAUCUCUGUCAGCCCUUCACUGGCACUGUACGUGGCUGGAGAUUCACUCACUAUUAACUGCACAGUUCCACACAUCAACUUGACUGGACAUCUGGAGUUGCUGAAGGACUCGAAUUCUCUCAUCAUUGGACAAGGAGCCCUCACAUACGUCAUUGAAAACGUCACCACCAGCGACCAAGGGAGCUACCAAUGUUCCUAUCGGACUGAGGUGGCAGAGCAAACUGUUGAUAUUGUUGUUACAAAUCCUGCAACCGAGCCGAGCAUCUCCGUGAGAGCUGACGGCGGAUCAGUCAACAUCAGCUGCACAGUUCCAGACGGUGUCCCUUCAGGCCGCUUUCUGUUGCUAAAGGACACGGUUCCCAUCAUCAACAGCACCAUCAGCCAGCAAUCCUUCACCUACACCAUUCCGAACAUCACUGCCAGCAGCCAGGGCCACUACACAUGUUCCUACACAACCCAGGUUUCAGGUCGUUGGAUACCAUCGUUUCAAAGUCGCCCUGUAACUGUCGCACGAUCGGGUGUGAGAUUGGUCAAUUCGAACGAUCCGUGCUCUGGAACUGUGGAGGUGUUGUACGAUGGAAGUUGGGGCACGGUUUGUGAUGAUGGCUGGGAUUUGGCAGAUGGCACUGUUCUUUGCAAGGAGCUGCAAUGUGGACCCGCCCUGUCGGUGCACGGUAGCGCUCGGUUUGGAACAGGUAGCGGCAAGAUUUGGAUGGAUGACGUUUCCUGCGAGGGGACAGAGUCCCAUCUCCGGUCUUGCUCCUUCCCCGGUUGGGGAACCCACAACUGUGGUCAUGGUGAGGAUGCAGGUGUAAUCUGUUACCCAGGUAAGACCCAGCUGUAUAACUGAAUGGACAUCUUCUGAUCGGGUGUGAGAUUGGUCAAUUCGAACGAUCCGUGCUCUGGAACUGUGGAGGUGUUGUACGAUGGAAGUUGGGGCACGGUUUGUGAUGAUGGCUGGGAUUUGGCAGAUGGCACUGUUCUUUGCAAGGAGCUGCAAUGUGGACCCGUCCUGUCGGUGCACGGUAGCGCUCGGUUUGGAGGAGGUACUGGAAAUAUUUGGAUGGAUGACGUUUCCUGCGAGGGGACGGAAUCCCAUCUCCGGUCUUGCUCCUUCCCCGGUUGGGGAACCCACAACUGUGGUCAUGGUGAGGAUGCAGGUGUAACCUGUUCGGGUGUGAGAUUGGUCAAUUCGAACGAUCCGUGCUCUGGAACUGUGGAGGUGUUGUACGAUGGAAGUUGGGGCACGGUUUGUGAUGAUGGCUGGGAUUUGGCAGAUGGCACUGUUCUUUGCAAGGAGCUGCAAUGUGGACCCGCCCUGUCGGUGCACGGUAGUGCUCGGUUUGGAACAGGUAGCGGCAAGAUUUGGAUGGAUGACGUUUCCUGCGAGGGGACAGAGUCCCAUCUCCGGUCUUGCUCCUUCCCCGGUUGGGGAACCCACAACUGUGGUCAUGGUGAGGAUGCAGGUGUAAUCUGUUCGGGUGUGAGAUUGGUCAAUUCGAACGAUCCGUGCUCUGGAACUGUGGAGGUGUUGUACGAUGGAAGUUGGGGCACGGUUUGUGAUGAUGGCUGGGAUUUGGCAGAUGGCACUGUUCUUUGCAAGGAGCUGCAAUGUGGACCCGCCCUGUCGGUGCACGGUAGCGCUCGGUUUGGAACAGGUAGCGGCAAGAUUUGGAUGGAUGACGUUUCCUGCGAGGGGACAGAGUCCCAUCUCCGGUCUUGCUCCUUCCCCGGUUGGGGAACCCACAACUGUGGUCAUGGUGAGGAUGCAGGUGUAAUCUGUUACCCAGAUCCUUCAAAGGAGCCGACAAUCUCUGUCAGCCCUUCACUGGCACUCUAUGUGGCUGGAGAUUCACUCACUAUUAACUGCACAGUUCCACACAGCAACUUGACUGGACAUCUGGAGUUGCUGAAGGACUCGAAUUCUCUCAGCUUUGGACAAGGAGCCCUCACAUACGUCAUUGAAAACGUCACCACCAGCGACCAAGGGAGCUACCAAUGUUCAUAUCGGACUGAGGUGGCAGAGCAAUGGUCACCCAGCUCUCUGAGUCAACCUGUUGAUAUUGUUGUUACAAAUCCUGCAACCGAGCCGAGCAUCUCCGUGAGAGCUGACGGCGGAUCAGUCAACAUCAGCUGCACAGUUCCAGACGGUGUCCCUUCAGGCCGCUUUCUGUUGCUAAAGGACACGGUUCCCAUCAUCAACAGCACCAUCAGCCAGCAAUCCUUCACCUACACCAUUCCGAACAUCACUGCCAGCAGCCAGGGCCACUACACAUGUUCCUACACAACCCAGGUUUCAGGUCGUUGGAUACCAUCGUUUCAAAGUCGCCCUGUAACUGUCGCACGAUCGGGUGUGAGAUUGGUCAAUUCGAACGAUCCGUGCUCUGGAACUGUGGAGGUGUUGUACGAUGGAAGUUGGGGCACGGUUUGUGAUGAUGGCUGGGAUUUGGCAGAUGGCACUGUUCUUUGCAAGGAGCUGCAAUGUGGACCCGUCCUGUCGGUGCACGGUAGCGCUCGGUUUGGAGGAGGUACUGGAAAUAUUUGGAUGGAUGACGUUUCCUGCGAGGGGACGGAGUCCCAUCUCCGGUCUUGCUCCUUCCCCGGUUGGGGAACCCACAACUGUGGUCAUGGUGAGGAUGCAGGUGUAACCUGUUCGGGUGUGAGAUUGGUCAAUUCGAACGAUCCGUGCUCUGGAACUGUGGAGGUGUUGUACGAUGGAAGUUGGGGCACGGUUUGUGAUGAUGGCUGGGAUUUGGCAGAUGGCACUGUUCUUUGCAAGGAGCUGCAAUGUGGACCCGCCCUGUCGGUGCACGGUAGUGCUCGGUUUGGAACAGGUAGCGGCAAGAUUUGGAUGGAUGACGUUUCCUGCGAGGGGACAGAGUCCCAUCUCCGGUCUUGCUCCUUCCCCGGUUGGGGAACCCACAACUGUGGUCAUGGUGAGGAUGCAGGUGUAAUCUGUUACCCAGGAUCGGGUGUGAGAUUGGUCAAUUCGAACGAUCCGUGCUCUGGAACUGUGGAGGUGUUGUACGAUGGAAGUUGGGGCACGGUUUGUGAUGAUGGCUGGGAUUUGGCAGAUGGCACUGUUCUUUGCAAGGAGCUGCAAUGUGGACCCGUCCUGUCGGUGCACGGUAGCGCUCGGUUUGGAGGAGGUACUGGAAAUAUUUGGAUGGAUGACGUUUCCUGCGAGGGGACGGAGUCCCAUCUCCGGUCUUGCUCCUUCCCCGGUUGGGGAACCCACAACUGUGGUCAUGGUGAGGAUGCAGGUGUAACCUGUUACCCAGGUAAGAGACCAGUGGAUAUCUUCUGUUCGGGUGUGAGAUUGGUCAAUUCGAACGAUCCGUGCUCUGGAACUGUGGAGGUGUUGUACGAUGGAAGUUGGGGCACGGUUUGUGAUGAUGGCUGGGAUUUGGCAGAUGGCACUGUUCUUUGCAAGGAGCUGCAAUGUGGACCCGCCCUGUCGGUGCACGGUAGUGCUCGGUUUGGAACAGGUAGCGGCAAGAUUUGGAUGGAUGACGUUUCCUGCGAGGGGACAGAGUCCCAUCUCCGGUCUUGCUCCUUCCCCGGUUGGGGAACCCACAACUGUGGUCAUGGUGAGGAUGCAGGUGUAAUCUGUUACCCAGGUAAGACCCAGCUAUUGGUCAAUUCGAACGAUCCGUGCUCUGGAACUGUGGAGGUGUUGUACGAUGGAAGUUGGGGCACGGUUUGUGAUGAUGGCUGGGAUUUGGCAGAUGGCACUGUUCUUUGCAAGGAGCUGCAAUGUGGACCCGUCCUGUCGGUGCACGGUAGCGCUCGGUUUGGAGGAGGUACUGGAAAUAUUUGGAUGGAUGACGUUUCCUGCGAGGGGACGGAGUCCCAUCUCCGGUCUUGCUCCUUCCCCGGUUGGGGAACCCACAACUGUGGUCAUGGUGAGGAUGCAGGUGUAACCUGUUCGGGUGUGAGAUUGGUCAAUUCGAACGAUCCGUGCUCUGGAACUGUGGAGGUGUUGUACGAUGGAAGUUGGGGCACGGUUUGUGAUGAUGGCUGGGAUUUGGCAGAUGGCACUGUUCUUUGCAAGGAGCUGCAAUGUGGACCCGCCCUGUCGGUGCACGGUAGUGCUCGGUUUGGAACAGGUAGCGGCAAGAUUUGGAUGGAUGAUGUUUCCUGCGAGGGGACAGAGUCCCAUCUCCGGUCUUGCUCCUUCCCCGGUUGGGGAACCCACAACUGUGGUCAUGGUGAGGAUGCAGGUGUAAUCUGUUACCCAGAUCCUUCAAAGGAGCCGACAAUCUCUGUCAGCCCUUCACUGGCACUCUAUGUGGCUGGAGAUUCACUCACUAUUAACUGCACAGUUCCACACAGCAACUUGACUGGACAUCUGGAGUUGCUGAAGGACUCGAAUUCUCUCAGCUUUGGACAAGGAGCCCUCACAUACGUCAUUGAAAACGUCACCACCAGCGACCAAGGGAGCUACCAAUGUUCAUAUCGGACUGAGGUGGCAGAGCAAUGGUCACCCAGCUCUCUGAGUCAACCUGUUGAUAUUGUUGUUACAAAUCCUGCAACCGAGCCGAGCAUCUCCGUGAGAGCUGACGGCGGAUCAGUCAACAUCAGCUGCACAGUUCCAGACGGUGUCCCUUCAGGCCGCUUUCUGUUGCUAAAGGACACGGUUCCCAUCAUCAACAGCACCAUCAGCCAGCAAUCCUUCACCUACACCAUUCCGAACAUCACUGCCAGCAGCCAGGGCCACUACACAUGUUCCUACACAACCCAGGUUUCAGGUCGUUGGAUACCAUCGUUUCAAAGUCGCCCUGUAACUGUCGCACCAGGAUCGGGUGUGAGAUUGGUCAAUUCGAACGAUCCGUGCUCUGGAACUGUGGAGGUGUUGUACGAUGGAAGUUGGGGCACGGUUUGUGAUGAUGGCUGGGAUUUGGCAGAUGGCACUGUUCUUUGCAAGGAGCUGCAAUGUGGACCCGUCCUGUCGGUGCACGGUAGCGCUCGGUUUGGAGGAGGUACUGGAAAUAUUUGGAUGGAUGACGUUUCCUGCGAGGGGACGGAGUCCCAUCUCCGGUCUUGCUCCUUCCCCGGUUGGGGAACCCACAACUGUGGUCAUGGUGAGGAUGCAGGUGUAACCUGUUCGGGUGUGAGAUUGGUCAAUUCGAACGAUCCGUGCUCUGGAACUGUGGAGGUGUUGUACGAUGGAAGUUGGGGCACGGUUUGUGAUGAUGGCUGGGAUUUGGCAGAUGGCACUGUUCUUUGCAAGGAGCUGCAAUGUGGACCCGCCCUGUCGGUGCACGGUAGUGCUCGGUUUGGAACAGGUAGCGGCAAGAUUUGGAUGGAUGACGUUUCCUGCGAGGGGACAGAGUCCCAUCUCCGGUCUUGCUCCUUCCCCGGUUGGGGAACCCACAACUGUGGUCAUGGUGAGGAUGCAGGUGUGAUCUGUUACCCAGAUCCUUCAAUGGAGCCGACAAUCUCUGUCAGCCCUUCACUGGCACUCUACGUGGCUGGAGAUUCACUCACUGUUAACUGCACAGUUCCACACAGCAACUUGACUGGACAUCUGGAGUUGCUGAAGGACUCGAAUUCUCUCAGCAUUGGACAAGGAGCCCUCACAUACGUCAUUGAAAACGUCACCACCAGCGACCAAGGGAGCUACCAAUGUUCCUAUCGGACUGAGGUGGCAGAGCAAUGGUCACCGAGCUCUCUGAGUCAACCUGUUGAUAUUGUUGUUACAAAUCCUGCAACCGAGCCGAGCAUCUCCGUGAGAGCUGACGGCGGAUCAGUCAACAUCAGCUGCACAGUUCCAGACGGUGUCCCUUCAGGCCGCUUUCUGUUGCUAAAGGACACGGUUCCCAUCAUCAACAGCACCAUCAGCCAGCAAUCCUUCACCUACACCAUUCCGAACAUCACUGCCAGCAGCCAGGGCCACUACACAUGUUCCUACACAACCCAGGUUUCAGGUCGUUGGAUACCAUCGUUUCAAAGUCGCCCUGUAACUGUCGCACGUUCGGGUGUGAGAUUGGUCAAUUCGAACGAUCCGUGCUCUGGAACUGUGGAGGUGUUGUACGAUGGAAGUUGGGGCACGGUUUGUGAUGAUGGCUGGGAUUUGGCAGAUGGCACUGUUCUUUGCAAGGAGCUGCAAUGUGGACCCGCCCUGUCGGUGCACGGUAGUGCUCGGUUUGGACAAGGUAGCGGCAAUAUUUGGAUGGAUGACGUUUCCUGCGAGGGGACGGAGUCCCAUCUCCGGUCUUGCUCCUUCCCCGGUUGGGGAACCCACAACUGUGGUCAUGGUGAGGAUGCAGGUGUAAUCUGUUACCCAGGUAAGACCCAGCUGUAUAACUGAAUGGACAUCUUCUGUUCGGGUGUGAGAUUGGUCAAUUCGAACGAUCCGUGCUCUGGAACUGUGGAGGUGUUGUACGAUGGAAGUUGGGGCACGGUUUGUGAUGAUGGCUGGGAUUUGGCAGAUGGCACUGUUCUUUGCAAGAAGCUGCAAUGUGGACCCGCCCUGUCGGUGCACGGUAGUGCUCGGUUUGGAACAGGUAGCGGCAAGAUUUGGAUGGAUGAUGUUUCCUGCGAGGGGACAGAGUCCCAUCUCCGGUCUUGCUCCUUCCCCGGUUGGGGAACCCACAACUGUGGUCAUGGUGAGGAUGCAGGUGUAAUCUGUUACCCAGGAUCGGGUGUGAGAUUGGUCAAUUCGAACGAUCCGUGCUCUGGAACUGUGGAGGUGUUGUACGAUGGAAGUUGGGGCACGGUUUGUGAUGAUGGCUGGGAUUUGGCAGAUGGCACUGUUCUUUGCAAGGAGCUGCAAUGUGGACCCGUCCUGUCGGUGCACGGUAGCGCUCGGUUUGGAGGAGGUACUGGAAAUAUUUGGAUGGAUGACGUUUCCUGCGAGGGGACGGAGUCCCAUCUCCGGUCUUGCUCCUUCCCCGGUUGGGGAACCCACAACUGUGGUCAUGGUGAGGAUGCAGGUGUAACCUGUUACCCAGGAUCGGGUGUGAGAUUGGUCAAUUCGAACGAUCCGUGCUCUGGAACUGUGGAGGUGUUGUACGAUGGAAGUUGGGGCACGGUUUGUGAUGAUGGCUGGGAUUUGGCAGAUGGCACUGUUCUUUGCAAGGAGCUGCAAUGUGGACCCGUCCUGUCGGUGCACGGUAGUGCUCGGUUUGGAGGAGGUACUGGAAAUAUUUGGAUGGAUGACGUUUCCUGCGAGGGGACGGAGUCCCAUCUCCGGUCUUGCUCCUUCCCCGGUUGGGGAACCCACAACUGUGGUCAUGGUGAGGAUGCAGGUGUAACCUGUUACCCAGGUAAGAGACCAGUGGAUAUCUUCUGUGAAACUGAGGCUCUCACAUACGAUUAA